AUGUCAGGAUUGGAGAACUCGCUGUUCCAGCUCAAGUUCACGACCAAGCAGUUGAACAGACAGGCCAUUAAGGCCGGCAAGGAGGAGCAGGCCGAGAGGAAUAAAGUAAAGAAAGCAAUGGUACAAGGAAACAACGAGAUCGCACAGCUGUACGCCCAGAAUGCGAUCCGCAAAUCAACAGAGAAGCUCAAUCUUUUGAAACUGGCAUCCCGCAUUGAUGCUGUGGCUAGUCGGAUUCAAACCGCCGUGACUAUGCGAACUGUGACAGGAAACAUGACGAAUGUGAUCAAGGGAAUGGACCGUGCUAUGCAAACUAUGAACUUGGAAAGGAUCUCGCUGGUGAUGGACAAGUUUGAACAGCAAUUUGAGGACUUGGAUAGUGCCACAAACUACUACGAGAAUGUGACGAACGAUAUGAACGCAGUUCAGCAGCCACAGGAGGAGGUGGAUCUGCUGAUGAGUAAGAUUGCAGACGAGGCAGGACUGGAAAUGCGCCAAAAUCUCAAUGAGACUAAGGUGGAACCCAGUGCAGUCGAGGAUGUUAGGGUGAAGACUUCUGAGGAGCAGGAGGACAAGUUAACCGAGAGAUUGCGGGCGUUGAGGAACUGA